AUUAGCCCACUAAUCUGAUCACUAUUAAUUACAAGCCUAGCAACAAGCACAAUCAUCACCAUAUCAAGCCACCACUGACUAUUAGCCUGAGUAGGACUAGAAUUAAACACCUUAAGCAUCCUACCAGUUAUCAUCAAAUCACACCACCCCCGAGCAACGGAAGCCGCAACAAAAUACUUCCUCAUUCAGGCCGCAGCUGCUGCAUUAAUCCUCCUAGCAAGCACUCUUAACGCUUGACAAACGGGUCAUUGAUCAAUUAUACACACCUCAGCCCAUACAACAACCAUCAUCACAUUAGCAAUUUUACUUAAACUAGGCAUCGCCCCAAUACAUGGGUGGUACCCAGAAGUAUUACAAGGCUCAACCAUAAACACAGCCCUAAUUAUCUCCACUUGACAAAAACUUGCCCCCCUUACCCUAUUAUACCUAAUCAACAACAACCCACCCACCAAUAUCUUACUCCUGAUAGGAGUGAUCUCCGCCUUAGCCGGAGGCUGAAUUGGAUUAAAUCAGACACAAACACGAAAAAUCAUAGCAUUUUCAUCAAUCGCACACAUAGGAUGAUUAAUUAUCACACUAAACCUAAGCCUACACCUCACCACAACAACUAUAAUAAUCUACAUAAUCACAACAACAGCCAUAUUUAUGUCAUUAAACACAACAACAACAAAAACAAUAACAGACAUGGGCAUAGCAUGAACCCAAUCGCCACCCCUCACUACCAUAAUAAUAAUCACACUAAUAUCGCUAGGCGGACUUCCCCCCCUCACCGGCUUCACCCCCAAGUGACUAAUCCUCAAUAACCUGUGCCACAUAAAUUUACUCUUUCCAACCAUUAUCCUAGCCAUAGCAAGCCUACCAAGCCUAUUCUUUUACAUCCGACUCGCAUACUUCACCACACUCACCACACCCCCAAAUACCACAAACACCCACCACAAGUGGCGAUUCAAGCCCCCACUAAUUGCAGGACUGACACCCGCCACAUCACUAGCAGCACUACUCCUUCCACUUAUGCCAAUAAUAAUUUCAU